ACAAAACAACCCUAAGACGAGGUCACGAGGAGCAUGAACUUCUGUUUUCAUUAGUUACCCGCCAUUAUCGAGCUGUUGUUGCAGUUACUAAGUGACCUACCGAGUCUAGCGGGUCUGCUUCUGAUUCGAGCCUCUUACUCAUUCCUCUCUCUCUUUUCUUUUUCUUCUCCCAUAGACCACUAAGAUCAUCACAUAUUUAUAUAUAUAUAUAUAUACAAAUCACAGAUAUGCCCUAAUUUCGAUUUCAUCUCUGAUUUCAUUUCCCCUUCAUAUAUUAUAAUUCUCUCUUUUUUUUUCAAAAAGAAAAGAAAAAGAAAAAGAAAAAUUCAUUGACAGUUGGUGUCCAAGAGGCGUAAAGAGAUGGAAGUGAAUCUGAGGAACUUUCCUGUGAUAAUAUUCACAUCCCUUUUCUUCUUGUUAGCUUCUUCCUCCACAGAGGACAAUUAUCAAAUGGGUGAUAAGCUUGGUGUUAUUUACGAUGGAAGGUCUUUGAUCAUUAAUGGGAAAAGAGAGAUUCUCAUUUCAGGAUCAAUCCAUUACACUCGCAGUCACCCUCAUAUGUGGUCUGAAAUCCUUCAAAAGGCCAGACAUGGAGGUCUCAAUGUAAUUCAGACUUAUGUUUUCUGGAAUGUUCAUGAACCAGUGCAAGGACAGUAUAAUUUUGAAGGGCAAUAUGACUUGGUGAAGUUCAUCAAGUUGAUUGGCGAGUAUGGUAUGUAUGCAACUCUUAGGGUUGGCCCAUUCAUCCAGGCUGAAUGGAAUCAUGGCGGAUUCCCAUAUUGGUUAAGAGAGAUCAGAAACAUCACAUUCCGUACAGAUAACCCACCAUUCAAGUACUAUAUGAAAAGGUUUGUUCAUAUGAUCAUCCAUAAGAUGAGAGAAGAGAAGUUAUUUGCAUCACAGGGAGGACCCAUUAUUUUGUCCCAGGUUGAAAAUGAGUACAACACUGUCCAACCAGCAUUUAAAGAAUCAGGAAUUAGAUAUGUUGAAUGGGCCGGAAACAUGGCCGUAGGGCAAAAAACAGGAGUCCCAUGGAUUAUGUGCAAGCAAAGGGAUGCCCCCGAUCCUGUGAUCAAUACUUGCAAUGGAAGGAAUUGUGGCGAUACUUUCAUAGGCCCCAAUAGACCAAACAAGCCUUCUUUGUGGACUGAGAACUGGACUGCUAAGUAUAGAGUAUUUGGUGACCCACCAUCUCAAAGAUCUGCAGAGGAUCUUGCGUUCUCAGUUGCUCGCUGGUUCUCAAAGAAUGGAACUCUAGCCAAUUAUUACAUGUACCAUGGUGGGACAAACUUUGGCAGAUCGACCUCUUCUUUUGUGACAACUAGAUACUAUGAUGAAGCCCCUCUUGAUGAAUAUGGUUUGCUGAGGGAACCCAAGUGGGGCCAUCUCAAGGACUUGCAUGGUGCUCUAAGAUUGUGCAAGAAGGCUCUGCUAUGGGGUAAUCCUAGUACUAAACAAUUGGGUGACAAUCUAGAGGCUCGUAUCUAUAAGAAACCUGGCACAGAGCUGUGUGCUGCUUUCUUGACCAACAACGAAACUAGAACGCCCAGUGUUGUCAAGUUCAGGGGCAAGGAAUACAACUUGCCUGCACGUUCCAUUAGCAUCCUUCCCGAUUGCAAGACCGAAGUCUACAAUACCAAGAAGGUUGUAUCACAACAUAAUGUGAGGAGCUAUGUCAGAUCAGAAGUUGCAAGCAACAACCUGAAAUGGAAGAUGUACAAAGAAGUCAUUCCAAGCCAACUUAAGGAAACAUCAAUAGAUCCAUAUGAACUCUAUAGCUUGACUAAAGAUAGAACUGAUUAUGGUUGGUACACCACAACCAUUGAAAUUAAUGAAAGUGACUUGCCAAUGAGGAAAGAUACUCGUCCAGUUUUACAAGUCGCAAGUCUUGGCCAUGCAAUGCUUGCUUUCGUCAAUGGUGAAUUUGUAGGAGCUGCACAUGGGAGCAAGAUAGAGAAGAGCUUCGUCCUUCAGAAGCCAGUAAACUUAAAGCCAGGGAGCAACACUAUCACUCUCUUGGGUUCUCUAAUGGGCUUUCCAGACAGUGGAGCCUUUAUGGAGCACAGGUAUGCAGGACCUCGUGGAGUUUCCAUCCUUGGGUUGAACACAGGAACGCUUGACCUCACAUCCAAUGGAUGGGGCCAUCAGGUUGGCUUGGAUGGAGAGAAGAAGAAAGUCUACUCUGAGGAAGGAACAAAGAAGGUGAAAUGGACAAAAGUAGAGAAAGGAUCAGGACCUGCUCUAACAUGGUGCAAGACAUACUUUGAUGCUCCUGAAGGAGAUGAUCCUGUUGCUGUUGCUAUGACUGGGAUGGGAAAAGGCAUGAUUUGGAUCAAUGGUAAUAGCAUUGGUCGCUAUUGGAUGUCCUACCUUUCCCCUCUUGGAAAGCCUUCUCAAUCCACAUACCACAUUCCAAGAGCAUUUCUGAGAUCAAGAAAUAAUUUAAUGGUUAUACUGGAGGAAGAAAACACAAAUCCAGAAAAAAUAGAGAUCCUUACAGUGAAUAGAGAUACAAUAUGUAGUUACAUAUCAGAGACAUAUCUAGCCUCUGUGAAGUCAUGGGGAAGAAGGAAUGGCAAGAUCAUAGCUAUAGUGGAUGACCUGCAACCAGCAGCUCAAAUAACAUGUCCCAAGUACAAGAAGAUAACAUCAGUGGAGUUUGCAAGUUUUGGGGAUUCUGAGGGAGUUUGUGGAGAAUAUUUACAUGGAAAAUGCAAUGCUCCAAAUUCAAAGCAGGUUGUUGAACAGCAUUGCUUGGACAAGACCAGCUGCCGUAUUCCCAUUGACAGACAGCUUUUUGGAAAUAACCAGGAUGAUGUUUGUCGAGAAAGCAGACAAGUGUUAGCUGUUCAAGUAAAAUGUGGCGAGGAUUAGAGAUUAAAAGAUAGGGUUAGAGUUUUUAGUUUGAAUUGUAGAGGUCAGAGAUGACCAUAGAUAUUUAGAACUUGAGCUUUAUUUUUUUACUGAGAAGACACAAAAUUCUUUGCUGCUUUAAACUGUCAUUCCAUCGUUUGAAUUCAAAAAAGUGAAACGUGCAAUGAUUCA